AAGCAUUUAAGAACCACAGCGAGAAUCCCAUUAGGAAAUUUCAGCCUUUAACCAUUUUUAACUCGGCUAAGCACAGAUGUUAACUGUCUCUCCUUCUCUCGCUUACCCAUUUGUAAUGGCGGGAUUUUACACUUGUAAUGGAAGGUUCUUGCAUGGACUGCUAUAGCUGAAAGCCGUUUCAUCUUCGAGUGGAUAAGAGCUCGUACUUGUAUUCCUAAUUGAGUUUUUAUGUACUGUUAACAUCAGAAUGAGGUGGGAGAAGUUGGAAGUGAGCCAGAGAUUGACAGAAACAACUCCGGAACAAAGUAGAUCUGUGGGUCUCCCGGUUGAGUUCGUCGGGCCCGGAAGAAGAUGGGGACAUUCUUGCAAUGCUAUUCAUAGAGGGAAACUGCUCUAUGUUAUCGGUGGUUAUCGUCCGGAUACAUGUCAGACCAACGAGGUUCACAUUUUCGAUACGGUUAAGCAAAUAUGGAUUAAGCCUACGAUGAGAGGAAUCCCCCCAUCACCAAGGGACAGUCACAGUUGUACCACCGUUGGGAACAACCUGUUUGUAUUUGGGGGUACAGAUGGGAAGAAUCCGCUCAAGGAUUUGUUCGUCCUAGAUACUUCUACCAAUACAUGGAUGUGCCCAAGAUUAAAUGGAGAAGCACCACCGCCACGGGAAGGACAUAGCGCGGCACUUGUUGGGAAACGACUCUUCAUAUUUGGAGGCUGUGGCAAAUCGUGGCAGAGUUCAUACGAAGUAUAUUAUAAUGAUCUCUACAUAUUGGAUACAGAGAAUUUAGUAUGGCAAAAGGUUCUAACAUCUGGAAAUCCUCCUUCUGCACGUGAUAGUCAUACUUGUUCAUCUUGGAAGAAUAAUAUAAUAGUUAUUGGUGGUGAAGAUUCAUCCGACUAUUAUUUGUCUGAUGUACAUAUCCUUGAUACAGAUACUUUAGUUUGGAGAGAACUAAGCACUUCAGGCCAUAUGUUACCUCCUCGUGCCGGCCAUUCGACUGUUGCUCUUGGUAGAAACUUGUUUGUUUUUGGAGGAUUUACAGACGCUCGAAAUUUAUAUGAUGACCUUCAUAUGGUUAAUGUGGAUACUGGGGUUUGGACCAAUGUGAUGGCUGCCGGCCUGGGGCCUACCGCCAGAUUUUCUGUUGCUGGAGAUUGUUUGGAUCAACAAAAGGGUAUUCUUGUGUUUAUAGGUGGUUGCAAUCAGGAUCUCGAGGCCCUGGAUGAUAUGUAUUAUUUACACACAGAAAUUUCAAUGGAAAAUGGUCGAAAUGGACAGAAGCAAGAGAAGCUUUCUCUCAAGAAAGAACUGAAAAGGAAGUGUCAAGAACAUCUUCCAAUAAGCCAACCGACUAAUGAUAAAGAUGUUCCCCAGCAUGGGACAAUGCUUGAUUUACACCGACCCAUGCCUGUGGCAUUGCAAGCACCAGUGCCAGUUUGUGGCCAAGCGAGCAAACAUAAUCUUUCAACUGAUGAAUUAGCGUCUUCUCAAGAGAAGAUAUUUGAAGCCAAGGUUACUGAAACUUUCUGCUAUGGAUAUAAAAUUGAAACUAUUAUUGAUGGGAAGCUGCUUCGAGGGUUAAUAUUCUCUUACCCACCAAGCUUUUCCCAAGUAGCUGAUGACUACCAGAGUAGGAAAAGGAUAGCCUUGGAGGCUGGUGGUGUUAACUUGAGUGAUGGCUACGUAAUCAAACCGGACUCAGUAUAUUGUAGGCCCACCAAUGCUGUCCAUCAGGUCCAUAGAAAUCCAGAAACAUCAAUGGAAAGUCUUUCAAAUGUGAAAGAAGGCGGAAAAAAUCUUCCAUUGAAUCAAAAUUAAGGAGGCGACACACCCAGGCAGCAGCAUCCAUUGAGUAGUGUCUAUCUAACAUCAUCAAUUUAAAGCAGAAUGCUAGUGAAUCCUUUUGACAGUUGUAAACAUGAAAUUGAGAAAUGAAGCGAAUCAUGACUGAUCAUAGAUGGUGAUAAAGGCCUGAUCUUUUUUUUUUUUUUUUGGGGGGGGGGGUGGGGUGUGUGGUACCAAAGCCUGACCUGGAUUGGACUGACGACUGCAUCAACUGAUGAUUCUACCAAAGAUUUAUCUGACAGGUGGAUUCGUACAAGUGCUGAUGUGAACUGUGACCCUCCUACUGAAAAAAGGAAAAAAGCAAAAAGCUGUAACCCUCCAAUGCUCUGGCCUAUAUCCAUCAUCAGUUUGUAUGUAGUAGGUGACUUCAUGAGGGCCUUUUUUUUAGACUGCAUUGAACUCAUGGAAUAGGUAACAUAUAUAGAUGUUAUUUCUUCCA